AUGCGGGCCACAUUGAAAAUACCAUCGGUGCGAGUGUGCGCGUUUAUUCGGGCGAGCCCUAACGGCAAGAGAAAAAAGCGUUUGCAGCGACAGAAGCAACAUGGAAUUCUUCAAGCGUUUUCUCCGCGCAGUUGGACUGUUGGAACCAUCCAAGCAGCCCAGGUCUCAGGCAAGUGGUUGAGAAUUUGCAAGUCCGAUAGGACUUUGAGGAGGACGGUAAGGCUUUAUCAACGACGUACGACGAGGGAGAUCAGAGAGGGGAUCUCUGAAUAUAGAGCACAGGAGCAGAGAGUUGGACAACGGAAGAAGACACAUAGUAUGAGAAAGUCAUUACGACUUUCACUUGUACCUAGGUUUGAAGCUAUGGUUGUCUCCAGAUCGCAUAUGCGUGGACCACCGAAGGCUUCGAACAUGCGACCUUCUUUAGAUGUAAGACCAGUUAGAUGUAUGAGAUUAUAGUUCAAUAAAGGUAAUAANAUAAUA